AUGGAAGACUAUAAUAAAAAUUCAAAUCAUCAACUAUCUUCUAUGCUAAGAAAUAUAGAAAAAUUUCAUACCAUAAUUCAAAGUCCCAUUGACAACCACAAUAAUGAAAAAAACCCAGGAUCAUUUAAAAUUUUAGAUUUUGGUUCAUCCCAUGGAAAAAAUUCUUUGAUUUUUUUGGACUCUAUUAUGUCAAAGAUUAAACCACAAAUAAAUAAUGGUUCAAUAGAGAUAUUCCAUUGCGAUUUAGAAAUAAAUGAUUUCACAAAAUUCUAUGCAAUUGGAAAUACUUAUAAAAAUCAAUUGAUGCCAAAUGAAUCUUGUGAUAUUAUUUUUUCAUAUCAUUGUUUCCAUUGGUGUAGCUAUGAAGAUAAACUCCUUUCAGGAAUAAGUACCUUGGUAAAAAUUAAAGAGUCCUCUCUUUGUCCAAAAGUAAAAGAAUUUAAUAUUGAUCAUCUAACUUCAAUUUUUUCUCAUCGUACUAAUGAAUUAAAAAAAGGUGAAAAUGAAAUAACAUAUUCAUCAGAAUCAUCAUUUACAAAUAUUAAAAAUAUUUUAAGAGAAAUGGCAUAUGAAAAUGUUUUAUCUCAUAAAGAAGUCGAUGAUAUGUUUGUUCCAUUUACUUAUUUUAAAAAAGAUGAGGUAGAUAUAGCUGUAAAAGAAGUUGAAUCAAGAGGUUUAAAACUAAUACAUUCAGAAAAAAACUAUGAAACUUGGGAACAAAAUGAAAAUUUUGUUGAUGGUGUAUUAUCAAUUAUUUCCCAUUCAAUUAAAAGACCUUUGGAAGGUGAUACAGAAAAAAUAGAUUCAAUAUUUAAUGAAUUUAAAAAGAGAUUUAAAAAAAGCUAUAAAUUAAAUCCAGAAAUGUAUUGUAUAUAUUCAUGUUUUAAAUUAUUAAUUUUUAAAAAAGAAUAA